CCUCUAGUUGAGCCGUACAUGAGGAGAGAGGCGACAGAUAGGUUACCAACCGACAACACCGGACACUCUUCAACUUUCUCGGGACCACCCGGUGACCGUUUCGAUCUCUUUUUUAAAAAAAAAACAUUUUUUAGCCCGGCCAUGACACCUUCAAUUGUGCGCGAGCGGUACGAUACAUGCGUUUCCACGGCUGGGGGGCGGAAGUGAGAGAAGGGGGAAGUUGCCACAGGAGAUAUAGGGGGGAAAUAAACGCCUUCAAAGUGAGUCAAGUUCAAGUCACAUUUCGUCUUUCGAGAGGAAGGGUGGCCCCGGAGCGUCUGAGGGCAUGGACACCCACGUUAAGGAGGGACAGCUUUAUGUGCAGCACCAGAAGUUUGGAAAGAAAUGGAAGAAGAACUGGUUCGUCCUCUACCCCGCCAGUCAAAACGGCAUCGCCCGCCUCGAGUUCUUCGACUCACCCUCGGGCGGAGUGGGCGGGGCCGGCGCAGGCUCCGGAGGCGGGGCCAAUGAGAAAACCAGGAAGCUCGACAAGAAGAUCAUCCGCUUGUCUGAGUGCAUUUCCAUCCUGCCGGCCCUGACGGAGAGCUGUCCCAAAGAAAACAUGGCAGCUUUCUGUGUGGAGACCAACGACAAGACGCACGUGUUUGCUGCGGAGAAGAACACCGCCAAAGACUGGAUGGACACCAUGUGUGACAUCACAUUCCAGCAGGGAGGAGGCGGCAGCAGCACCGCUGCAGACUCUGAUGGAGGAGCCCUGGACCUGCAGAUGGCUGAAAACCUCAUCUACUGCUCCAGAGAGGAGGUGGACGAGUUCUGGGUGAGCGUUCAGCGAACCGAGGCGUCAGAGCGCUGCGGGCUGACGGGCAGCUACUGGCUGAAAGCUGAAAACGACACUUUAACCUUGAUGGAGCCAAAGACCAAGAGGAACGUUCUGGUGUGGCCCUACAAGCUGCUGAGGAGAUAUGGGCGAGACCGGGUGAUGUUUUCGUUCGAGGCCGGCCGCCGCUGUGACUCGGGCCCCGGGAACUUCACCUUUGAGACCAAGCAGGGCAACGAGAUCUUCUUGCUGGUGGACCAGGCCAUCCAGUCGCAGAAGGUGCUGGCUGAGGAGCGCCACCUCAGCGGCCCCAGUAACUCAGACCCAGACUGCCCUGCGUCGCUGCAGCACAUACGCAACGCCGUUCCCAGCGGCGUGACGGCUGGAAGCGGAGACAGCAACAGCUGCAGCAGCCGGGAGGCCGACGGAGAUUCAGGCGGCAGCAAACCAGGCUCUGCUGAUGGUGUGCUCGGGAAGAGGGAGGGCGGAGAUGGAGGAGGAGGAGGAAGGGGUCAAGGCACUGCAGGAGUAAUCAAGGGGAGGAGUUUACCAGAACCACCAGCCAUGUUGGGGGGUUUGGGAGGUGGCGUGGGGCCUCCGAAGUCUACCAGGGGACCGACGGCAGCAAAAGCUCUCGCCCCGGCUGUGGAACACACAAGUCUUUAUUCUGAGCCGGCAGAUUCAGUCCGUCUGCCUCUGCACUGCAUCGACUGCCUGUACUCUGACCCAGUGGACAGCAUCAAAGGUCAAAGCCAAACCAGCAACCCCUCCCCCAUUCCAGUGCCCACCCCGCGCCUCCGACCAGUAGGAGACGAGGCUUCGGCGGGUGGCAUCCAGGGGGAUCAUCACCUUGUAGGCAGCAACCACAGGAAGCCGCCGGACUUGUACUCACACUUGUACGACUGGAUCGGCCUGGAGCUGAACCAGAAAACGAGUGCGCUGAGUCUGAACGGGGCCGGGGGGGGAGGAAGGGGCGUGAACAGUAACAGGCGACCACCAGGCGGUCAAGCAGAAGGGGCUUCGUCGCCUCCGGCUACGCGCCAGGAGCACAUCUACGAUGAACCCGAGGGUUGCGCCAAAGGAGGCAUGUCCACUAGUUCAGGGAUGAGUGUUUAUGACGAGGCGCGCUUGGAGCCCCACAGCCAGAGGAGACAGGAAGACCAAUCGGGAUUGGAGGGAAAUUACAGCAGCCCCUCCCACAGACACUCGCCGCCGCAACCUCCGGCUCCGAGGUGGCCCAAACCGUCCACCGGCCCCAAACCGGGCAGGGUCGCUUUUGGCCGAAAAGAGCCGCUGCCGCUGCCCCCUGGGAAACAUGGAGGUCCUGGCAGUAAUGUCAACAACAACAACAAUAUUUUGGGGGGAGGAGACGGGGGGAGGGAGCUGUACAGCAAAGUGUCCAAGCAGAAACCUCCAUCUGCUAAUUUGAGGAACAACCAGCACCAUCAGGCACCGCUGAGAUCACCUGAUAUCAUCUAUGACAACUUGGGAGACAUAUAAAAUCCUUCUUUCCCUUUGAGAAAAGAGGAGAAGUGCUAAUGCAGAAGACUUGCUCCAUGCCUCUAUCCUUACAGUUUUUUGUAGGGACUAAGCUCACUUCUUCAUCUGUGGACGGGCAUAAUUAGUUUAGACAGCGUAGAGCCGCUCAGAACCAUGAGAACACCACAUGACGGCUUUGAAACAUGGACUGCAACUAUUGUAGGGCCACCCUCUGUGUGUGUGUGUGUGUGUGUGUGUGUGUGUGUGUGUGUGUGUGUGUGUGUGUGAGAGUGUGUGUGAGUGUUUGAGAAUUGAGAGAGUGUGUGCAUGGUCAAACCACUGUGUGGUUGGAACCAGCCACUUCACUUGAACACACACACACACACGCACACACAGAAACCAUUUGGAUCUGCCAAAAGGAGCCCGGCCUUCAGGCUUCACUCCAACAAGCUGAGAGAGCGGCUUGGCUCUCCUUUUUCAAAAAUGUCUGUCGUGCUGAUGAAGUAACUGGGAAACAUGUUUUUGCACUUCUCAGGCUUGGAGUAUCGUUGAGGCUAGAACUUCACCAAAAGGAGCUGGUCUUUUUCUCUUUGUGUUUUUCUGGACUGAUCUAUCAUCCUCAAUCUCUCGGGAGACUUACAACAUGUUCAGUAAUCUGAGACGCAGUUGCAUUUUAGCAUCCCCAUGAAUGUAAAAACAUUAUUGCUACUGUUUUAGGGGAUCUUGGAACCAUGUCUCAUGAAGAGGUCAUGGGGUCACAUGAUCCUCACGCAGGCUUUGAGUUACAGAGGUGUCUUCCCACACGAGACAACAUUAUAGAAUCCUUUAUGUUUCUAUGUACAGACUAAAUAUGAAACUAAUCAAUCAACUGCAACGUGUCAGAAUCAGCUGUGCUGUCUGUAAAUAUAACUAUUAAUAAAAAUGGCUCCAAAAAACUUAAAAAAGGUUCUCCCCUUAUUGCUACAUCACGACGUCCUCCCAGCGCGUCUGUCCCGAUAAGACGAUUUAAAUGUUUCAGAGACUUUCUGUCCCCGCCUUCCCGCCCCCGCACGCUCUGUUUUUGUUGUUCCAGUCGGUUUCCAACCACCUAAUCGCUCCGUUAAAAGUUGAGAAGCAAAGGCUUUCUUGUCCCUCUUCCUUCCUUUCACCCUCUUCGCAUUAAUUCUGUUGUUCGGUUGCUCCGGUGACAGUUAAUGGCGGCUGGUUUGUGCCGGACACGCUGUGCAUUUCAACUGCAGAUGAGAU